CACUAGACUAGUGUGUACAUGUGUAGAAGUUUGGAGUUGGGGACCUAACAAUGUUGUGGACUGGGUUAUUUAAGGGAAAUUGUGGGUGAGAUAUAGAAUUGUGUAUAUUUGUUACCGGCGUCGGUGUGUUAUUGUUAGUAGUAAUUUCGUUUAGGGAUGCGUGACAGCUUGUAGUAGACUCGUUCGGUUAUCUGAUAGCUUGGCACUGCUUAGCCAGCGCGGUGUUUUUGAACGCUAGAAAUAAAUGUAAAUGUCAAGUAAUUACUAAGGGGCCUAUUUUAUCCUUUUUUUCCCUAUUAUAUCGGAUCACUUGUACUUGUUGCCGAGUGUUCAAGGAACUUAACGAUAGCUGGAGUUCGGAACUUGGGUCCACAUGGGGCCAACGCGAUAUGUCUCGUAUAGCGUGUGUAACGUAUUACGUUCUAUUUACAACAUCCUGUUCCACAAAAACAUUCAUAAGCGAUAGUAUCUACGUUUCUGUUGAGCUGUUCGGUGGUUUUUCCUCAGAGAACAGAAUUAUGAAACCAUAAUUACAUGAUUUUUGUUUGGUACAAAUUUAGUUUGGUUGGUAACAUUUAUAUCCAUUAUUGACUAACUGCGCACUAUCUUCGGACCGUCUAUAGUAUUUUGGUGAUAAAUUUGUUCAGAAGUACAAAGCAAUGACUGUAAACAUGUAGCAAGACUGAAGGAAAUUGUUAGCAGUGGGGUUGUCUCAACUUUUGAAAGGAAAAAUGGUCAAAGUGAUAGCCACUGUCUGCCUUUUGUGUGCUGCAUCUGUGUCACAUGCUGUUCACGUGAGUUCUGUAAAAGGCACGGAUGCACAUGGAAUGGAUUUGGAUGAUAAUAACUUGUAUCAUAUAAAAAAAAUUUUUACCGAGUAUGGUGAUGGAGAGAGUAUAUCGUUGGAAGGCUUUCUUCGCAUGAUGAAUGUAGGAAAGCUUCAACAGCUUGCCAACAACACUGAAACCGGUUCCAGCACAAAAAACAAGGCUGGAACUGCAUUAGUUGCUGAUCAACCUACAAAAGUACAAAAUGGUGUGAAAACAGAGUGCAUAAGAGAAGCGGACCUACUUUCUACCAGCAGUGCUACAAAUUCUAGUGUUACUCUGAACACAUUUCAUGAAUAUUGCCCUGUCCUCCUAUACAGUUUUGUAGCAAAAUCACAGUAUGAACAAGAUAAUGGUUGCAUUUAUGUACCAACACUGACAGAAUUUUCCACCAACACUACAGGACGUGAAAUUAGUUUGAAAGUAUGGCUCUGUGCUGUUGCAAGUGUUAUUGUCGUAAGUCUGUGUGGCCUGCUUGGUGUUGCUGUAAUUCCCUUCAUGGAACGUGCAUUUUACCAGCAGAUGCUUCAGUUCCUUGUUGCACUGGCCAUUGGAACACUGUGUGGUGAUGCCCUCUUGCAUCUCUUGCCUCAUGCUAUUGCUGGAGAACAUGAUGAUGAUGAAAGUGAGCAUCAUUCUGAACAUGACCAUCAUUCUGAAGAUAUGGUCUUAAAGGGCCUGGUUGCAGUUUUGGGAAUUAUCUUAUUUUUUUUCACUGAAAAGUUCCUUACUGUAGUUGCAGAAUAUCACAAACGACGACAGAAAAAGAGGGAGGCACCUCCAACAGUACGCGUCGUGCAAGAUUGUGAGGGAAUACGGACACCUUCUGUUGGAGAGAAAUUGUGCAAACAUAAAUAUAGCUCAUCACCAUACUGCUAUGACGAAAUUACAGAAAUGUCAGAAGCGCAUAAAAAGAUGAACAACCCUGAUAACAUUUCGAAGAAAAAUAGAGAUUUAAACCUGAACCAGAACAAUCACUGCCAUACUUACGGAGAAGAUGACGAGGAAGAAGAAGAAGAGGAGGAGUUUGAUCAUCAAAUGAGUUCUGUAAAUUGUAGUGGUGAGAUGGCCCUCCGUCCCAGCACAUCGAGUGCUUCUAAUGAAGCUGUAAACAGAGAUGGUCAACUUAGUUCUCACAACAAAGAAGACGAGAAAUAUAUUGUAAUAAUAAGAGAGCAUCAGAAUUCUCACCAUGGGCAUUCACAUACUCAUGGACAUGUACAUUCACCACCAAAGACAAUGUCAUCAGUUGUAUGGAUGGUGGUUAUGGGUGAUGGCCUCCACAAUUUUACAGAUGGUGUAGCCAUAGGUGCUGCAUUUGCUGCCAAUAUAGGUGGUGGCUUUUCAACGGCCAUCGCUGUCUUCUGCCAUGAGCUACCUCAUGAAUUAGGUGAUUUUGCUGUGCUACUGAAAGCAGGGAUGAGUCCAAAGCAAGCAGUAUUUUACAAUUUAUUGUCAUCUAUCCUCUGUCUGUUCGGGAUGGUGAUUGGAUUGGUAUUAGGCCAGAAUUCGUCAGCCACCUCAUGGGUGUUUGCACUAGCAGGAGGACUUUUUUUGUACAUAGGCCUUGUUGACAUGAUUCCAGAGCUUACUAGCGGCCACUCGAAGGAGGGCGGCUCGUUGUGCCAGUGCCUCCUGCAGUUCCUCGGCCUGCUGGUUGGUGUUGGAAUCAUGCUCUUAAUUGCUCUUUAUGAGCAUGAUAUUAAGACUGUCUUCAAAACUUAACGAAAAUAUUUUAAUAUUUCAUGGCAGCUGCUACUGAAGUCCCAUAUUUUAAAAUUCGUUGUUCUCUGUCAGUGAUAGUAGUUGAUUUUUAAGAUGUCUAUUGAUUUGAGUUUUUUAAGAUGUCUAUUCAUUUGAGUAUAAAAAUGUGUGGCAGCAUAUUGUCUGAUCCAUUCUGUGUGUGCUCAACAAAAAUCAUAAUUUAAUGAAACUGCCCUCUCAGCUUAUGUAUUUCUCUUUAAUCAUUGCUUUCUUUAUUAGCAUUUAUUGAUAUGAAGGUUUGCAAUAUGUUAAGUAGGGCAUUACAUAUCUCUAAGAUAAUUUUUCUACUUUUCAUUCAGUUUCCAUUAUUUGUUGAAUGUAAGUUCACCAUGCUAGGUCCUCUCCCCCCCCCCCUCCUCCUCCACAAUUUCAAAUGACACUUCAAUGUCCGCCCCGGUAGCUGAGUGGUCAGCGUGACAGACUGUCAAUCCUAAGGGCCCAGGUUCGAUUCCCGGAUGGGUCGGAGAUUUUCUCCGCUCAGGGACUGGGUGUUGUGUUGUCCUAAUCAUCAUCAUUUCAUCCCCAUCGACGCGCAGGUCGCCGAAGUGGCGUCAGAUCAAAAGACCUGCACCAGGCGAACGGUCUACCCAACGGGAGACCCUAGCCACACGACAUUUCCAUUUUUUUAUGUCAGCUAAAAUUCAUGGCUUGAAUUGCACAAGGUUCUUGAUGGCGAGACAUCAACUUCCAAGACUCUCGCCAUAAUAACUAGGUUUGCAAAUAUUUUAUGGGUAGUUGUUUUGUGCAAGGAAGAUUAAUUUUCCUCUAUAUCAAAAUGGUUCAAAUGGCUCUGAGCACUAUGGGACUCAACUGCUGUGGUCAUAAGUCCCCUAGAACUUAGAACUACUUAAACCUAACUAAGCUAAGGACAUCACACACAUCCAUGCCCGAGGCAGGAUUCGAACCUGCGACCGUAGCGGUCGUGCGGUUCCAGACUGUAGCGCCUAGAACCGCUCGGCCACUCCAGCCGGCCGUCUAUAUCACAUCAACUUUGUGCCCUGUGUUAAACAUGGUAAAAUGAGAGAGACAUUCCUGUGGCAAAUGCUGUUUUGUGCUCUGGAAGCAGUUGACUCUUGUUUCACCUCAAUUUACAUUAUUUGUAGCUGCCUGAUGUUACUGUUAUUUUUGUCAUGCCAAGUGGCUGGUGAACUUAGCUUUCCUGUUGUUUCUUAAAAAUUAUUUUUAUGUUAUUUUCUUUGUGUAAGUGUGUUUAUUGUAUUGUUUGUAUUUGAGUAACUGUUCUGCAUUUGUUGUCAGUUUGAAAUUCUUUACUCACUCAUUUGAAGUUGUAUUUAUGAUAGUUUAAUUUGUGAGGUCUUGUAACAUUGUUGAAGUGUGUGUGAAUAAA